GUCGCACCAUUGACGGUGUUCUGGCAGACAAUAGUGCGGCUAGGACGUUCAAUUUUUCUGCGUUGAGUCGAAAUGUGAUAACGUCGGAUUAACUUUAUAAAUAGAUUCAUGAACUAUGCUAUCGACGUCUGCCCUGCCUCCAGGCUGAUGCAGGAGGAUGUUCCCGAGGUCGACGAAGACGACACAGUGUUUGCCCAGCAGCAGCCCCCAGCUCCUGUAAACCAACUGCUGCACCAGUUCGACCUCCUCGCACUGCUCACUUCGCCUCGCCCAGCCAAGACCCCCCUCCUCGCCCCUGUAGCCGUCCGCGCUCGCUUCUCGUUUAUCGAAAACCGAUACGGCACCCGAUCCACGCUCCCAAAGAAAGCCUCCAAGCACACCGUCGACCGCCUUGCCAAUCCCAUUCACGGGUUCACAUCUACACUCAACGCCCUCCCACCAGAAGUUCGAAAGAAGAGGCAGCAAGUGGAGCUGUCGAAUCACCCGUUCCGAGGCCAUCCCACUGAGCGAAAGGUUGUCGUCGUGGCAAAAAAGCAGCAGUUGCACGCUGUGGAUCGGCUAAGCAAACCCACUUUCGUACGCCCCAAGCUCAAGCUGGUCCGACCAAAUGCACUGCUUCCGCCUAUCCUUCGUCCGAAACAGAAGCCGUCCAAAGCAAAGCCAGGCCGCUGCUACCAAGCUCCGGACAAAGCUCCUCGUGUUCCAGCAUUAGCCAAGACCCCCCCCCUACCGCGACCACAACCCCCCCAGACGAAACACAUAAAUAAACAGGGCGGCGGCUUCUUCCUCACGCAAAUGGACGAGAUCCCACGGCCCGUGCGACGGGCACACCAAGCCGCCAAAGGCCGCGCGAACGGUCCCUCCACGUCCCAACUGCGGUUCAAAUCCAACCAGAUCGUUCCAACGACCCUCCCACCUGUUCGAAUACCGCGACAUACUACCAAAAAGCCCAAGUAGUAGUCGUAGAAGUAGUACUAGUUAGUAGUCCUCGUGUUAAUCCAGCCAAACGAUGUGUGUAC